CCGUACGGCUGCUGGCCGAGGGGAGGAGAGAGGAGCAGGGAAAGUGGAGCCGGGCCGGAGGAAGGGGAGGGCGAAGGCGAGGCCGUGCCGAGCGGCGGGGAGAUGGUGGCCGCCCCGCCCUGAGCCCCCGGCCCGCCGCCAGCAUGCCGCGGGCCCCCGCGCCCCUCUACGCCUGCCUGCUCGGGCUCUGCGCGCUGGUCCCCGGCCUCCCAGGUCUCAACAUCUGCUCUAGUGGAAGUGCCACAUCGUGUGAAGAAUGUCUGCUCAUCCACCCCAAGUGUGCCUGGUGCUCCAAAGAGGAUUUUGGCAGCCCGCGUGCAGUGCUGUCCCGGUGUGACCUGAAGGCCAAUCUGGAGCGCAGUGGCUGUGCAGGCGAGGUGGAGAGCCCGGCCAGCAGCACACGGGUCCUGCGGAGCCUGCCCCUCAGCACCAAGGGCUCCAGCCCCUCGGGCUCCGACGUCAUCCAGAUGACCCCCCAAGAGAUAGCCCUGAGCCUGCGGCCUGGGGACAAGACUAACUUCCAGCUGCAGGUCCGACAGGUGGAAGAUUACCCCGUGGACUUGUACUACUUGAUGGACCUCUCCCUGUCAAUGAAGGAUGACCUGGACAGCAUCCGGAACCUGGGCACCAAGCUGGCGGAGGAAAUGAGGAAGCUCACCAGCAACUUCCGACUGGGCUUUGGCUCCUUUGUAGACAAAAACAUCUCUCCUUUCUCCUACACAGCGCCAAGGUACCAGACCAACCCAUGCAUUGGUUAUAAGUUGUUUCCAAACUGCCUCCCCUCCUUUGGCUUCCGCCACCUGCUGCCCCUCACGGACAGAGUCGACAGCUUCAAUGAGGAAGUUCGGAAGCAGAGGGUGUCCCGGAACCGCGAUGCCCCCGAGGGAGGCUUCGAUGCUAUCCUGCAGGCUGCUGUGUGCAAGGAGAAGAUUGGCUGGCGGAAGGACGCACUGCACCUGCUGGUGUUCACCACAGAUGACGUGCCCCACAUCGCGCUGGACGGCAAACUUGGGGGGCUGGUGCAGCCCCACGAUGGUCAGUGCCACCUGAACGAGGCCAAUGAGUACACGGCGUCCAGCCAGAUGGACUAUCCAUCCCUGGCCUUGCUCGGAGAGAAGCUGGCGGAGAACAACAUCAACCUCAUCUUUGCAGUGACGAAGAACCAUUACACGCUCUACAAGAAUUUUACAGCCCUGAUCCCCGGAACUACAGUGGAGAUUUUACAUGGCGACUCCAAAAAUAUCAUCCAGCUGAUUAUCAACGCAUACAGUAGCAUCCGGUCUAAGGUGGAGCUGUCGGUGUGGGACCAGCCGGAGGACCUGAACCUCUUCUUCACUGCAACCUGCCAGGAUGGAGUAUCCUACCCUGGUCAGAGGAAGUGUGAGGGGCUGAAGAUUGGGGACACAGCGUCCUUCGAGGUGUCCGUGGAGGCGCGGAGCUGCCCAAGCCGGCCUACAGAGCACAGAUUCACCCUGCGGCCCGUGGGCUUCCGGGACAGCCUGCAGGUGGGCGUCACCUACAACUGCAGGUGCCUCUGCAGCCGUGAGCCCGAACCGGACAGCACCCGGUGCAGCAGGAACGGGACCUACGUGUGCGGCCUGUGCGAGUGCAACCCCAGCCACCUGGGCACCAGGUGCGAGUGCCAGGAAGGCGAGAACCGGAGAGUGUUCCAGAACCUGUGCCGGGAGGCAGAGGGCAAGCCACUGUGCAGCGGGCGCGGCGAGUGCAGCUGCAACCAGUGCUCCUGCUACGAGAGUGAGUUCGGGAAGAUCUACGGGCCGUUCUGCGAGUGCGACAACUUCUCCUGUGCGCGGAACAGAGGAGUGCUCUGCUCAGGUCAUGGCGAGUGUCACUGUGGAGAAUGCAAGUGCCACGCGGGCUACAUCGGGGACAACUGUAACUGCUCGACGGACACCAGCACAUGCUGGGCUAAGGACGGCCAGAUCUGCAGUGGCCGUGGGCACUGUGUCUGUGGGCAGUGCCAGUGCACGGAGCCAGGGGCCUUUGGGGAGAUGUGUGAGAAGUGCCCCACCUGCCCCGAUGCCUGCAGCACCAAGAGAGAGUGUGUGGAGUGCCUGCUGCUGCACUCGGCAAGCCCAGCCAACAACCACACCUGUCAGGCUCUGUGCAAGGACGAGGUGGUCACAUGGACAGACGCCAUCGGGAAAGAUGACCAGGAGACAGUGCUGUGCUUCUACAAAACCGCCAAGGAUUGUGUCAUGCUGUUCACCUACGCAGAGCUCCCCAGCGGGCGCACCAACCUGACCGUCCUCAGGGAACCAGAGUGUGGAACUGCCCCCAAUGCCACAACCAUCCUGCUGGCCGUGGUGGGCAGCAUCCUUCUGGUGGGGCUCGCCCUGCUGGCCAUCUGGAAGCUGCUUGUCACCAUCCAUGACCGGAGGGAGUUCGCCAAGUUCCAGAGCGAGCGAUCCCGGGCCCGCUAUGAAAUGGCCUCCAACCCGCUGUACAGAAAGCCCAUCUCCACACACACUGUUGACUUCACCUUCAACAAGUUCAACAAGUCCUACAAUGGGACCGUGGACUGAGCGGAGGACAAACGGUACGAGUCAGAGACUGAUGCUCCCGGUAGCCCAUGCACGACGUCCAGCAAGACCGGGCCAGAGCCCCACUGCCAGGGCACAGCAUGGGAACGGGACAGGGGACAGGGGGGCUCGCGUCGGCCUUGUCCCCAGGGUCCGCCAAGACACGGGCUGAGCUCCCUUUCCGCCCACCGCAGCAGAGCCCCCAGGAGUGCCCAAGCAUGUCCAGCCCGCACAGGCCUUUCCCAAGGAUAGUUUCAUAAUUAAAGAUUAAGACGUGUGAUUCCGGCCGUGGCGGCCACUGAGCCUCACCCACCUGCUGUCCAGCUGGCUUGUGGGUGUGGGUGGUGGGUUGAGAUGACGUGAAAGGUGUGUAGUUUGCAGGUGUUUCCUCUCCUGUCCAUGUAUGUAUAGUAGUUUUGUAACACAAAAGGAACAUGACUGUGCAGAUCGGAAAAUAAAGAUUAAAACCAAAAGAUUUCCUUUGCUGA